AUUAAGAGCAUAUUGACCUUCAGGUAUCCUGUGAAAGGAUUAUUUCAUGAAUGUUGAACUGAGUUAAAAGGGAAGAUCACAUGGGUAUGAUACACAUCAAAGUUGCUAUAAAUCAGUACCUUCUUUGCUUUUUUUAAGUCAUUUGCCCUGCACCCUACUGCUUUCCAGUAAUAUAUCCAAGGUAGAAAUAGCUGUGCGCUGGGUGGAUAAACAAUGAUUAUUAUACAGCUGUUGGGGCUGGUGAUGAUUUUGCACAUUGAGACCAUAAGUGCUCAGGAAUCCGGUGGAUCCCCGGUGUUACCCGACCUUGCAGAAAUACCCCUCCGGGAACUGAACAACUUCACAUUCAAUGGAGUCUUUAAAAACAUAGAAAGUGUGACGGCAUUCCUGGACUGCCUUGGAUCCCAGUUUACUUGGCUACAGGUCAUCUUUACCAAUUUCCCCGCUUUGCUGAAUUUUGUGAGCAAAUUGAAAUGCGUGACGGGCCUGUGUCCCAAAGACCUUGAGGAUUACGGCUGCGCCUGCAGAUACGAGAUGGAAGGGCAGCCCAUUGAUGGAACGGACAGUUGCUGUUACCAACACCGCAGAUGCUACGAAGAAGCCACGGACAUAGACUGCGUCUGGGACCCGGCCAAAAUCACCGCUGAUGUCAGUUGCCUCUCCAAGAACCUCACCUGCGAGUCUGGAGAUGCAUGUGAGAAACGUCUAUGUGACUGUGACAAAGCUGCCAUUGAGUGUUUUGUGAACUCACACAUUAACUCCUCUGUGAAAGGCAUGGAUAUCGCGUUCUGCCCGGCUCCUGUUACAGAUUUUCCAGAGACAACAGUCAAGAAAGUUGAUGUCGUUCACCACCCACAGAUACAACAGAACCGAAGUAUAGAUGGAGCAAAUGUACCCACAAGAGACGGUGUGCCAGCAGGAGAACAAGUCGGGGGGCAGAAUGAAGUGACCGCAUUCCCUUCGGCCGAGGAACUUAUCACAGAAAUGGAAACUACGACUGUUGCUAUGGGCACAGCGGGAAUAGAAACACAGAGAAUGCUGACCACAGAAGCGGGUGGUACGGAACUUGGCACUGUGAGAACUCAAGCAGAUCCAUUAGGUGAAAGCAGUGCCGAAUCUCUCAGCACGACCACUAAAACAACCGUAACGGUCAUUACCGAAAGUACAAGCCAGAAAGACAGCAUUGUUCCCACAAAGACUGGAUUCAAGAUGAUAGAUGAAAGUACUGGCCACGCGGAUAUGUUUGCAGUGUCCCCAGUGACAGAGAGUGACCUGAUGGCGUCACUAGAGAAAGUCUGUGACAGGUAUAAUUUUUAUCAGAUGAAUGAACAAGGGAGUAUCAAUAGGGAGCUGCCGUUACUGGGGGAAAUGCUAUUCUGUUUGACUGGCCGAUGCCCAGAAGAAUUUGAAUCUUACGGAUGCUACUGUGGCCAAGACGGGAAGGGGAAUCCCAUAGAUGCACUGGACAGCUGCUGUUUUUCCCACCAUUGCUGCAUUGAACAUCUGAAGAAACUGGGUUGCCAACCACAGAGGAACAUAAGGUCCGAGGUUUUGUGUUUAGACCACAAACCAACAUGUCUUGGGUGGGGCAUCUGUGACAAGCUCCUGUGUGCUUGUGAUAAAGCGGCGGCUGAAUGCAUGGCAGCAGCACCGUACAACGAAACCGCUAGAUUAGAAAUGAGAAGAGAGUGUCAAGGUGACAAGGUUUCCUGCAGAAAUGGGGGAUUUGAAGAGAAUCCGGACCGAGCUAUUGAAACCCAACCUGGAAGUUCCAGCUCAGAGUCAGACGAGAGCAGCGAAGAACAAAGUCCAAUGAGGGAAGUGGUCCGGUCAGGAAACGCUCGCCAGGCAAGGAGGCCACGUUCUCUCUUUUUUGGAAAGAAAUAAGAGUACACAACACAAACUGCUGAAAAAAACGAAACUAAAAUGAAUGUAAAGCUGAUAUUUUUCCAUUAUUUGUACCAGCUUGGUAUCUAAAGGGCUAGAGAUGUCGGGUGGCACCUAGAUGUCUAUGUAGCAGGAGAGUCCAUUCCACUCUACAAAUCCAAGAUUCAGUGGCUUUGAUGCACCAAAAAGGUCCCUUUCUGUUAAUGGAAUUUUAUCUUUAGUAAUUUCCAAUAUAUAUAUUAUUUACAGAACGGUUUAACAGUUCUUCUUAUGUCUAUGGGUGCUAUCAGCAUUGAAAUAAAGGCUCCACUAAUAAACAUACCCUUUUGUAUAACUUGGCAGUGAGAUGCAGGUGGUGGUAUUUUUUUGUAAUGACUGAAACAGACUUUUUCCCAUGUGGCUUCAUUCUAUUGGAAUAAAAAGCCAAUGAGCUACAGUAUCACACACUUUUAAAGCAGAAUUGGUUGUGUAGGAAUGAGGUCGUAUGACCUAUCGCUCACUGUUCUACAAAGAAGUGACCUAGACUGUCAGGUAUGGUCAAAUAAAUUGGCACCCUUGUCAAAAUCUUUUGGAAUUGGCCAUUUAAACCCCACCCAUUUUUAUUAUUAGUACCACAGGCGCUAGUAUUUUAUACAAUAACAUUCUUGACAAUUUGGUGCAUUGCGGCAUCAGAAGAACCCUGAGCUCAACCCAACUACACACCUGUGGGAUGAAUUGGAACACUGAUGUGAGCUAGAUCCUCAACAUCACUGCCCAACCCACGUAUGAAUGGAAGCAAAUCCCACCAACAAUGUUCCAACACUUAGUAAAUAGACCUUCUCAGAAGCGUAGAGGGUAAAGGCUAUUUCAGCAGCAAAGAGAGGACCAAUUUCAUAUUAAUGUCUUUGGUCUUGAAUGAGAUGUUGGACAGGGAGGUGUCCUUCUACUUUUGGCCAAAUAGUGUAUUAUAGAAACUAUGAUCUAUCAUUUUUUUUAUAAAAUCGGAAAUUACAGAGAUCUAGAUCUGGGUUUGGGUUGGGUUUCCUGUGUGCCGGGUUGGGUUUCCUGUCGCACAACUCAGCCAGGCUGUUUUUUUGGGGAACUCGACACGAUCAUUAACCAUUUAUGCUUUGCUUUUAGAACUUUUAUUAUGUCAGGAAAAAUUAAGAUCAUUUUGUUAAUGGCUAAACCGUAAUUCGUUAUCUGUAGAAAUGUCGACUGAGAAAACGAGGAGACUUUCGGUUCUAGAAUACUGAGCUGUUCAGUAUAUUUUAUGCAUGCAAAUUAUUUACCAACAUUUUAUGUAACUUGCUUGUUUGUUGGCUAUUUUACACUGUUUCUCUAACAUCAUAUGGAUAUACGUUUUGUUCAAACUAAACAAGUCUUCUUCCUUCUAAAAAUUGUUGUCCUCCAUUUUUUUUGGUUGCUCAGCAACAAAUAGUCAUCACUUCAUGGUUUUAUGGAUCGUUCUCGAUAGAACAUGGAAAUCUGGGUAAUCCUGUGCCUAUAUCUGUAUAUGUCUCAAGAAAAACUUAUGAAAAGUU